UCGUGGUGUGUGUCUGGAUUAUGUGGAGCAGCACGAGCACCUGAUGAGCACUUGGGAGAAAUUCGACAACUGAAACACAGAGGAACAAAAAGACAGGAAGAACAUUAACACCUGAGAGAGAGAUGGAUUCCAGCCUGGUCUCACAUCACCUGGACAUGACCUCGUGACCUGCACUCAGGAUUCUAAUUAACAGCAAGUCUCCUGGAGCACAGGUGGAGAAUCAGGAACACCAGCUCUGAGUGGGGUUAGAGAUGGAGCUAUACCUGAUGGAAAGUUCUGAAGCUACACUCCCAAUUAACUCCACCCACUCCAACUCAUCCGAUCAGGAAGCAGGUGUGGCAACAGAGCGGCUAGCGGUGGCAUCUCUUUUGGGUUUGCUGACGUUAUCAACGGCUGUGAUGAACGCUGGGGUCAUCACCGCCAUCUUGACCACUAGGAAGCUCCGCCUCCCUGCCAACUACCUCAUCUGCUCAUUGGCUGUCACUGACUUCUUGGUUGCGAUACUGGUGAUGCCUCUGAGCAUCCUGUACAUUGCCACAGCGACCUGGAACCUGGGUCAUAUGGUGUGUGAGGUGUGGCUGAGUGUGGACAUGACCUGCUGCACCUGCUCCAUCCUGCACCUGUGUGUUAUUGCGUUGGACCGCUACUGGGCCAUCACCAAGGCGGUGGAGUAUGCACGCAAGAGGACACCACGUCAUGCUGUUACCAUGGUCACUAUUGUCUGGGUGGCCUCUGUGUUUAUCUCAUCCCCGCCACUUUUCUGGCGUCGACGACACCAUGACGUUCACGAGUGUGCAAUUGAGCACGACCAGCUGGGCUACAGCAUAUACUCCACCUUUGGAGCCUUCUACAUCCCCAUGACCGUGAUUCUCAUCCUGUAUUAUCGCAUUUACACUGCAGCAAAGUCCCUCUACCAGAAGCGUGGCUCCUCGCGCCACCUCAGCGACUCCCUGAACCACUUCCGGGUUGACUUGUCUACCUCUGACCCCGGUGUGGAGCUGGAGACGCUAAAUAGCCCUGACGAGAGGAACCAGAUGUGCAGCUCCCGUGAGAGGAAGGCGGCACGGAUCCUUGGCCUCAUCCUUGGUGCCUUCAUCUUCUGCUGGCUGCCUUUCUUUAUUAAAGAACUCCUGAUGGCGCUGAAGGUCCUGCAGCCUUCUCAACAUCUGUCCGAUUUCCUAACAUGGCUCGGAUACAUGAACUCCCUGAUCAACCCCCUGCUCUACACCAGCUUCAACGACGACUUCAAACAGGCAUUUAAAAGGCUGCUGCAGCGCAGGGAGCACACAUGA